AUGGAGCAUUACAGGUCGACUUCAACGCCUCCCCGGUUCUCCGCAUCAUCGUCAGCUUCCCGCCGGAUGUCCAGUUUCUCAGGGGGGGGAGGGCAGAUAUCCAGCCCAUCACGGCUCUCUUCUGCCCACGGUGGCCGGCGUUCUACACGGGGAGACUGGAGCAGAGACUCCCAUCUUCACUUCCAACCGCCGCACCCGACUCCUAGCUACCAGCGUGACACCAUCGCCUCCCUCGCAAAGCAGUCACCCAGAAAGCUCUCUCCGAGCAUUGAGGAACGGAUCAGAGUCCUGGAGGCGGAGAUCGCUAUCCUGAAGAACCAGAGAGGAUUUCUAGCAACGAUGAUCAGGCAGGAAAAGCAUGCAGAUCGGCACAGUCUGACAACGGAUGAAAUUGCAGCGGCCGCAGAGAGGUUAGGCGUAUUUGAGAAAUUGGAGGAGGUGGCAGCGCUGGGCGGUGAUCCAGAGAAGAGUUUUUAG